GGAAUAGACGAGGGUCCGGAGGGCCUGAAGCUCAUCUCGGACAUAAUCAGGGAGAAGAUGGCUAUAGACAUCAGUGUUCUGAUGGGAGCUAACAUCGCCAACGAGGUGGCAGCAGAGAAGUUCUGUGAGACCACCAUCGGCAGUAAGAUCAUGGAGAACGGCCUGCUCUUCAAGGAGCUCCUGCAGACUCCUAACUUCAGGAUCACAGUGGUGGACGAUGCAGACACUGUAGAGCUCUGUGGAGCCCUGAAGAACAUCGUAGCGGUAGGAGCAGGGUUCUGUGAUGGGCUGAGGUGUGGGGACAACACCAAGGCAGCGGUAAUCAGACUAGGACUGAUGGAGAUGAUAGCCUUCGCUAAGCUCUUCAGUAAAGAUGGCGUCGUCUCCUCUGCAACCUUCCUGGAGAGCUGCGGCGUGGCUGACCUCAUCACCACCUGCUAUGGAGGACGCAACCGACGCGUGGCCGAGGCCUUCGCCAAGACAGGAAAGACUAUUGAGGUCCUGGAGCAGGAGAUGUUGAAUGGACAGAAGCUCCAGGGUCCUGCUACCUCAGCUGAAGUCUACCACAUCCUCAAACAGAAGGGACUGGUGGAUAAGUUCCCUCUGUUUGUCGCAGUGUAUCAGAUCUGUUUCGAGGGCAAGCCGGUACAGGAAAUGAUCUCCUGUCUACAGAGUCACCCAGAGCACCUGUGAGUGCAGCUAGCGAGGAGCUGUUGUCACACACCUUGAUGAAGCCUUCCACCCAGACUGUGUGUUGGCUACAUGAAAGAGUGCAGAGGAUCCACCGAAGGACAGAUGACUACAGUUGUAAUGGAUGGAGAAUAGGCCCACG